GCCAAGUUCAAGAUCGCGUGGCGAACGCUGCGCGGCUCUGUCGUCGUGGAGAGUGGUGGUAGAUAUGGCUUGAGAUAUUUAUGUAACUUCGCUUUGAUGAGGCGGAAAAAGACGGACUACUGUCAACGGAUCGAGAACGAUAGGCCUCGCCAGAUCGAGCAAAAUUGCGAGUUGUUUUGCGGCUCGCCGUCCAGUUCCGGAUCCCGAGAAUGGGUUCCGGUCAAAGCGCCCGCAAGCUGACGAUCUCGAAUGAAGAGGAGGUCGGUGUGAUCAAGGUGUCAAACGCGGUCGUGCAGCGUCUCGCCCAGGGAGAGAGAUCAAAGGCCCGCGAGACUCCGUCAGACACGAGACCUGCGACACCGAACCGGCAACCAAUACCUGCAACGACUGUCACGCCUCAUAUUGACGAAGCGACGCCCGGACAAGCGCCGGUGUAUCACUAUCCGGAACUGACAAUAUCCGCUCUUCGAAUGCAGCAGCAGAUGGAAGAGGAGCUAAAGCAGCAAGAGCAGUACUGGCAAAAGCGUCUGCAAAAUCUAGAGAAUGGUUAUCAAAAAAUCAAUUACAUCCUGGAGGAAGAGUAUAAGAAGGCAGCUAAUGAGACUUCCAAGCCUGGACAAAAAGUUGUCGAUGUCCAGAAUAUAGUACAACCAUGUGUGGAGAACAGUAAUAAAGUCCUGAAGUGUUUGCAGGAUCAUCCCAAAGAAACUCUUAAAUGUUCGGACUUGGUGGAAGAAUUUUCAAAUUGUGUCUGGAAUAAGCAUUAUACACGCAUGAUUGAAACGCGUUCAUAAUGCAUUCUACUUAUAUAUUUCAUGGAUCAUGGUGUAUUUUACACACAUUUAGUCAAUAAAUAAUAAAUUAAAUAAGUUAAUGCCUAAGAUGCUUAUACAGCAAAAUGUUGACGGAUAGUAGUGCGAA